AUGUUCAAACUAUUCUAUUUCAAGGUCGUUCUUCUCGCCUUGACCUCCUAUGGAGUAAUGGCAGCACCAGAGCCUGAAGCGAAAGCGGAAGCUAAACCGGGCGUUUUGGCAGCAGCACCACUUGUAGCAGCAGCACCGGCAGUUGCUCCAGCUGUAGUAACGGCAACCAGUUCCCAAGCUUUCGUCAGGAAUUAUAACGCUUUGGCAGCACCUCUUGUUUCAACAGCCCCCUACGUUGCCGCACCCGCUUCACCCUUGUUUGUUUCCCCUUAUGUUUCGGCAUACAGUGCUCCUUAUUUUGCAGCCCCUUACAUUGUUUGA